AAAUGAAACGGAGAUCGGAGGGAGUAGCUUUUAAUAUAAAAUCAUCUUCUUUUUUUUUUUUAUAAAAUCAUCGUUAAUUAAUAGGGGGUUCCUUUUUCAAUAUCAAAAAUUUUAAACCGUGUUGCAUAAUAACGCGUCUGAUUACAAGCUCACUUCCGAAUCAGUACUUUUGAAGAUGAUUGUUAAUUGUGUGAAUAGAUCGUUUAAUUUUAAGAACGUUAAUAUGAUUUGUGCUACGUAUUUCUACCUCUUACAAAACAUAAAAGUAUGUGUUUAGCAAGAAAAUAAUGAGUUUAAUAUUUUUUCAAUGUUUUCUUGUAAAUAAGUUGGUUUAUUCAGUAAAAGACCUUAUUAUUUCGUCUUGUUCUGAGUAAAACAAAUUUCGUCUUGUUCUGAGUAAAACAAAUUUCGUCAUGUUUGAUAAUUUGGUUUACCCGAAAAAACUCCGGUUUAAGUCUACCCGUGCACAUUUUUUACAGCAUACGUACCCAUGCAAAAAGGGUGUCACAUGACUAUUUACCUUUCUGAAAUUUCGGCAUUUCCAAUGGUCAAAGAGUUUUAAUUCAACCAAUAAAAUCUCAAGCGGAGCGAAAUUUAAGUUCAGACAAUAAGUCUUAAUAACUGUCGUUUUGAAAAAUUUCAAAGAGGAGAAAAAGGAAAACAGGAGAGAAGAAGUUUGUAAAUUUUCUACGUUUGUUUCCAGAAAAGUUGGAUGUGUUUUAUUAAAUCUAGCGCGUGAAACGCUAACUUCAUUUUGUUACCAUGUUCUAAUUGGCAUUUUCUGUAGAAAUUUUGUACUUUUUGGGUAAUCUUGAAUCCGAGUGUCCAUAAAGCAGGUUUUGUAUUGAAGAGAUUCGUGUUUUAGUUAGUGGUUAUUUGAAAAAUCAUGGGAAGGUCUCAAGAUAAGCUUGAAAAGAUGCAGCUCCGGCAGAGUUACCGGAACGUAUGGCAGUCGGAUCUCAUGAGCACCGUCACGGCCGAUACUCCAUAUUGUUGCUUCUCGUGUUUGUGUGGACCUUGUGUUUCAUACUUACUUCGAAAGAGAGCACUUUACAAUGACAUGUCAAGGUACACUUGUUGUGGUGGAUACAUGCCUUGUAGUGGUAGGUGUGGAGAAAGCAAGUGCCCUCAAUUUUGUCUUGCCACUGAGGUUUUCUUAUGUUUUGGAAACUCCGUCGCAUCUACUCGCUUUAUGCUGCAAGAUGAAUUCAACAUCCACACAACACAAUGCGACAAUUGCAUCAUUGGAUUUAUGUUCUGUCUCAACCAAAUCGCUUGCAUUUUCUCUCUUGUCGCUUGCAUUGUUGGAAGUGAUGAACUCUCUGAAGCUUCUCAGCUUCUUUCUUGCUUGGCUGAUAUGGUUUAUUGCACGGUCUGCGCGUGUAUGCAGACACAACACAAGAUAGAGAUGGACAAAAGAGAUGGUGUGCUUGGUUCUCAACCAAUGUCAGUGCCACCUGCUCAGCAAAUGUCUCGCGUUGAUCAACCGACCCCUCCAUAUGCCGGUUACCCUCCAGCCACUGGUUACCCCCAGCCUUACUAUCCACAGCCUGGCCAUGGCUACCCUCCUGCGCCAGGCUAUCCACCUCCAGGUCAUGGUUACCCUCCUGCACCGGGUUAUCCACCUCCUGGUCAUGGUUACCCUCCUGCACCGGGAUAUCCACCUCCUGGUCAUGGUUACCCUCCCGCACCGGACUAUCCCUCAAAGUGAGAACCUUAACCGAAAUCGAAAUCUAUAUAUUCAAAUUCAAGUUGUAUUAUCAUCUCAAACCGGUGGGCAGAGCUUUUAAACUUUGAGUUGUCCCUUUAUGUGUUGUGAUUACUUCGCAAUUACUUUUGCUGUUUGGUUUAGGGCCAGGAAGUUUUUAUAUACCGUCCGCUAUGUUGUCUCAUCAGUUUUUCUUUUCUUAAUUUUAUCUAAUGAAGAACCAUUUGAUA